UUUGAAACUGGCAUUGCGCAGCAUAAUAUCAUGGACGCAGAAGUUCCUCCAAGGCGAUCCAAGGCCAAGUCUUCCCCUGCGUAUCCACAGCAAACGCCAUCGGUAUGGACGUCUCCAGGGAACGGGUCGGCGGUUGUGCACGUGGAAACCGUGCGUCGGUAUUUGCUCAAGUUGACCCCGAUCGAGGGAAAGGACUUGUUGCCGACGGCGCGAUAUCCCUUCUGCACACUGGUGCUGCUGGACAAGGAUCUGAAGGAGCUCAAGGGUGAAAAACGACGCACCCCCGUCGGGAAAGUCUAUCACGCAGCUUCCAACAACCCGAUGUGGAGUCCGUUGAAGGCGGCGGUGCUUCGAAGCAUGGAGAGUUCCAACGAAAGCAACAUGCCCCUCGGCAUCGGUGUCGCGGCCGCCGCGGAAGAGUACACAUUUGGUACGACGGUGAACCUCCGCAAGGCCAAGUACGUGCUCGUAAAGUGCAAGGACAAGGGGCAAGUCCAGACCGAGGACUUGGGUCGACUGCUCUUGGCGCUAGACGAUCUCGACACCAGCGGCAUGGAGCUCACGUCCUGGUACGAUCUGCAGAUGCACACGGGUAUGAAGCGCGUGCAGGGAAAGCUCCGGUUGUCGUGUCGCAUUAUCCGGGAGCCGUCGCGGAAGCAACUGUGGCUCGCGGCCGAGCAAAUGCGAGCGGAAAUCAGCGUCAAGGACCAUUACUUGUACCUGAAGUGUCAUCCAAAGAGCUUCUCGGGGCGCCACGCCACCGAGUGGAUGCUUCGUCAUGGUCUGAAUCGGCCGAUGAAGGGCGGCAUCACAUGCAGCACCGAAGAAGAAGCCCUGCUGCUAGGCCAAUGCUGGUUGCGCGCGGGCAUAUUGACGGCGAUUUCGAGCUUUGGCGGGACGAGUGGCGGGACGUCGGCGUAUUUUCAAAACACGUCGUGGAAGUAUUACCGAUUUGCCGUCAACCACUUGGACCCAUUUAUUCAACGUGACAAGCAACGCGAAUGCCACUGUUUCCUCGAGCAAGAAGAUUUGGUCCACGAAGUGGAAUUUGAAGGGGACGACGAUAUCGUGUCAUCGCCGCAGCCAACCAUAUCUGGGACAGCUUCGUCCCGCGGUCUUCUACUUCCAUCAGCAGCCUCAUCCUCUCCCUUUCCUCCCACAACUACAACCACAGCGCAUCCUACUAGUACUACUAGUACUAUGAAGAUGACGGGCAAAAAACCCUCCCAGCGUCCGUCUCAGCUCGACGCGUCGUCAUCUCGAUCGUCUCGGUCAUCUCGAUCGCAGAAAAAGGCGCCGGUGCCCCUCACGAUCGACGACUUUGAACUGCUGGGCGUGCUGGGGACGGGUACGUUUGGGCGCGUCGUGUCGGCGCGGCACCGGGCAUCGAACCGGGUGUUUGCAAUAAAAAUUGUGCACAAGUUUGGGAUGGACGACGUGUCGAAGGCCACGGCCAAGCGCGAGCGCGACGUGCUCAUGGAAGCAACGCAUCCGUUCGUGGCGUCGUUGCAUUUUGCGUUUCAAAACGAAGACAAGCUGUACAUGGGCAUGGAGUACUUGUCGGGCGGUGAUUUGCGGUACCAUAUCAUGGCGCACCAUCUGCAGCAGCAUACGCAUCACGUUGCCGGCAUCGGCGCCACCACCAACACGCUAACCCCGUCUCGGAUCAAACUGUACGCGGCCGAACUCGUGGCCGCCCUCGCGCAUUUGCAUUCGCUGCACAUCAUUUACCGCGACUUGAAGCCGGAAAACGUGCUCGUGGCUCGGGAUGGUCACAUCAAACUCGUCGACUUUGGACUGAGUAAGGUCACAACUCCAUCGUCCACGAACAAGUCGCUGGCCGGGUCACCAGAGUACAUUGCCCCCGAAGUACUACUCGUGAGUUCCUCAAACGCGUCAUCGUCUGCUGGUGGUUCCGACGCGGGGUACACGGACGCCUGCGACUGGUGGAGCCUCGGCGUCCUCCUGUACGAACUGUACGUGGGCCGCACGCCGUUCCAGGAUGCCAAUAAGGCCAUCAUGUAUCGCAAUAUUGCCGAAGGACCGGUGUACAUCCCGACCGAGUGGGGGCCAGACGUGGCGUCGCUGCUCCGAGGGCUGAUCGACCGUGACGUGGCCACGCGCCUCGGCGGCAGCACCAACGUCACCCCCAUCCCGUUUGACAUUAUGAACCACGUGUACUUUAGCGGCAUCAACUGGGACAUCUUGCAAGCCAAGGGGGGGCCGCCCCCCGAAUGGGUGCCCGAUCCAGACGAAGUGUACGUCGACGACGAGUUUCGCAGCGUCGUGCCUGUCGACACGCCCGAGUGGCGUAUGCUUGACGAAGUGGACCGCGCCAGGGAACACGUCGACGGGUUUAGCUUUCGACCGACCGAAGUGUUCCAGCCGUAAUACCACCGUAAAACAACCAAGAUGAGAAAGGAUAAGGAUGGAUGGAUGAUGGCUUUGUACGGAGAAGACGUAAACGAGUGAAUCUUGUGACAAGGUGCAAACACGUACGUGGACGGAAUCAAAGGGGGUCGUAGUAUCUCGUUCGUGUGGGGGAAGAUACCCCGCUGGACGGCGCCUAACAUGAUACACACAACUAGCACAAAGUAGCUUUCUUCAUAUCACGAAUGUACAGAGUAUAUUUGGG